UCUCUUCUCUCCUCUCUCUCACUCAUCUCCAUCUAAAACUAUGUGUAUCUAUUUAUCUCUCAUUUUCUGAUUGCCGGGAGACGCUUGCCGUUCAAUCACCUCUAUCAGCAACUGGCGACCAAUGAUCACCGUUCCGAUCUACAGCCACUGGUCAAUUUUCCCUAAUUCAAAAUUUCCAACGGUACAAUUUCACUACAACGUUUCGUACUGUAGAUCCAUUACACCAAGCUACAUUCCUAUUUUCCCUACGAAAUCAUCAUGCAUUUCAGCAGAGUUAGGGAUGUCUUUUGAUUUUUAUUGAUCUAUUAUCAACUGUAAUGUCUGUGCAGUUUAGAUGGUUUAAUUCAAAUUUUGUGAAUAUAUAGUUUUUAGGGUUAGGGUUUAUUUUGUUGCAUUGAGAUGUUCCAGAAAUUUAUAAAGAAAGGGCAUCGAAAGGUGUCAAAAUCGGAUGGUGGCGAUUACGGCUACGUACCACCGGGGAAUCGAAAUUCCGGUUUGGUUUCAACGUCCAAUGUGGUGGUAAACCACGCCUCUCGGGCCGCACCGGAGAAUUUGGUGCAGCAACAUCCGAUGAUCGUGGCUGCCCUGCCCUCGGGGACCAUUGAAACUCUCCCUAUGUUGAAGGACGUUCCAGUGUCCGAACGCCAAAACUUGUUUUUGAGGAAAUUGCAAAUUUGUUGCUUCCAAUUAAAUUUUUUGGAAAUACUGAAAAUGGUUAGGGAAAAGGAAAUUAAGAGGCAGACCCUUGUGGAGCUUGUUGAUUUUAUACAAUCCAGUUCAGGGAAACUUACUGAGAGUAAUCAAGAAGAAAUGAUAAGAAUGAUUUCAGUGAAUAUUUUCCGGUGUUUGCCCCCAGCAUCUCAUGAAAAUACAGGUUCAGAAAAUAUGGAGCCGGAAGAGGAGGAUCCAUAUCUGGAGCCCUCAUGGCCACAUUUACAGCUUGUGUAUGAGUUGCUUAUGCGGUAUGUUGUGUCCUCUGAUACGGAUACGAAGGUUGCCAAGCGGUAUGUUGAUCAUUCAUUUGUGUUAAAGCUACUUGAUUUGUUUGAUUCUGAGGACCCCAGAGAACGGGAAUAUUUGAAAACUAUUCUUCACCGAAUUUAUGGGAAGUUCAUGGUUCAUCGCCCAUUUAUUAGGAAGGCAAUCAAUAACAUCUUUUAUCGGUUUAUAUAUGAGACAGAGAGGCACAGUGGUAUUGGUGAGCUCUUGGAGAUUCUUGGCAGUAUAAUUAAUGGUUUUGCACUGCCAAUGAAAGAGGAGCAUAAGUUGUUUCUUGUCCGGGCACUUAUACCCCUCCACAAGCCAAAGCCAAUUGCAUUGUAUCAUCAGCAGCUGUCGUAUUGCAUUACUCAGUUUGUUGAAAAGGACUACAAGUUGGCGGAUACUGUAAUAAGAGGUUUGUUGAAAUACUGGCCUGUCACCAAUUGCCAGAAGGAAGUUCUCUUUCUAGGGGAACUUGAAGAAGUGCUGGAGGCAACUCAGGCUGCUGAAUUUCAGCGCUGCAUGGUGCCUCUUUUCAGACAGAUAGCUCGUUGCCUUAGUAGCUCUCACUUUCAGGUUGCAGAAAGAGCCCUCUUUCUGUGGAAUAAUGAGCAUAUUGUGAGCUUGAUUGCCCAGAACAGAAAUGUCAUAUUACCAAUCAUUUUUGAGUCACUGGAGAAGAAUAUUCAGUCACAUUGGAACCAGGCAGUUCAUGGUCUCACUGUUAAUGUUCGAAAAAUGUUUUUGGAAAUGGAUACCGAGUUGUUUGAGGAGUGCCAGAGGCAGUAUGCAGAGAAAGAGGCCAAGGCCAAAGAGUUGGAGGAGCAGCGGGAAUUAAAAUGGCAGAGAUUGGCAGCUGCUGCAACACUAGGAGGCUGAUGGGAAACUGUCAUGGCUUACCUGAUCACUUAGAUAGUAUGUAUCACAAUCCAAAACGAUGGAUGCAUGAUCAACAGAUGUGCUUCUCUCUCCAUCUUGGUGGUAUUCUUUUUUUCUUUUCUUUUUUUU